CCGGCGGUCGCCAUUCCCGUAUCGCUGCGCCCGCGGGGGCCGCCCGAGCCCGCCACGAUGCCCCUGGGCCUGAAGCCCACCUGCAGCGUCUGCAAGACCACGUCGUCCUCCAUGUGGAAGAAGAGCCCGCAGGGGGAUAUCCUCUGCCACCACUGCACGGGCCGGGGCGGCGCGGGCGGCGGGGGCGCUGGCUCGGGGGCGACUGGUGGGACUGGGGGCAGCAGCGGCGGUGGCGGCUUCGGCGCGGCGACCUUCGCCAGCACUUCGGCCGCCCCUCCGCAGAGCAACGGGGGCGGGAGCGGCAAGCAGAGUAAGCAGGAAAUUCACAGGAGGUCUGCUCGGCUCAGAAACACUAAAUACAAAUCUGCUCCAGCUGCUGAAAAGAAAGUUUCCACGAAAGGAAAAGGGAGAAGACAUAUUUUUAAAUUAAAAAACCCCAUCAAAGCUCCUGAGUCUGUUUCCACUAUAAUCACUGCAGAAUCAAUCUUCUAUAAGGGAGUAUAUUACCAAAUUGGAGAUGUUGUUUCAGUGAUUGAUGAACAAGAUGGAAAGCCCUACUAUGCUCAGAUCCGGGGCUUCAUCCAGGACCAGUACUGUGAGAAAAGCGCCGCCCUGACGUGGCUCAUUCCCACCCUCUCAAGCCCUAGGGACCAGUUUGAUCCUGCGUCCUACAUCAUCGGUGAGUUUGACAAGUGGUACAGGUUCCUGAACGCAGGGAACUCUCCUCUAUUAUGUAACAGAAGCUAUUAG